AUGGAGGGAAGCACUGCUGAGGGGGACGUGUUGCAAAACGACUCCUUCGACGCCACCGGCAAGGAAAGUGACGGCGUGAUGGCGCCCGACGCGGCGCAUCCGGUCCGUGCAGUGUUGUUUGGUGGAACAGGUGAUGGUGGACGCCGCCAUGCGGGUGGGGAGGAAGGCGCCCAGACAUUGCGGGAGCCUUGCCCCCAAGACGUGUGGAGGUCCUAUCGGCGGGCGCUGAGCGUUCGAGCCUCGCGCUCCGAGACGUCCACUGAAUCCACACAGGGCGAAGAGUGGCGGCCAGCGGUGCCGCGGCCCCGGGCGAAGCCCCGCACUGCCCCCUGCCCUCCGCGACCCGCAGGGCCAGGGCGAUGGAUGCCGGGCGAGGGGCGCGCAGCCCCCCCGCCGGGCAAGAACGGUGCAGGUGAGGCCAAGACACGUCACUUUAAUCCCUCGUCUGCUGCAGCACACCCCCCACCCUCCAACCGUUACACGCUGCCCUUCCACCCCUCACUCUCCACCCGUCACACGCUGCCAUCCCUCACCCUCCACCUUUCACAUGCUGCCCCUCCACACCUCACCCUCCACCCGUCACACGCUGCUCCUCCACCCCUUACCCUCCACCUGUCACACGCUGCCCCUUCACCCUCUCCCUCCAACCUUUACCCUCCAUCAAUCCACACGCUCCCCCAGUUGUCCAUCCAGCCGUCUUUCCUGCCCCAGCGCUCUUUCCCCAUCCCUUUCUUUCCCUCUGCCAUCACUCUCCCCGCCCGCCUCCCUGUUAUGGCUCUCCCUCCUAAUAUUGAGGUUAAAAGUCUAUAA